UCAGCAACGGAGAGUCAAAAGCUAUAAAAGUUGAACUUGGUUUCAAUAAUGCCAUAGUAGCUAUUUUUCAGUGGCUUAGGCAGCAUCAUGAAAUUGUUUAUAUUCGGAUUGUUUUUCACAUUGUUCUCAUUGGCGCUAGCUGAUGAAAUGGUGGGUUUCUUCAAGGAUCCAGCUCAUCCUGGUAAAUGCGUUUAUGGGGGUCUAGUUUUGUCACCCGGUGAAGAAGGCAAAGUGAAAGGAGAAUGCACUCGAGUCUUAUGCGGUGAGGAUAGUUUUGCUACAGUUCAGGGCUGUGGAAUACAAAGUGUGGAAUCUCCAUGUGAAAUGGGCGAUUAUAUAAAUCUCGAUGCUCCCUAUGGAGAAUGCUGCAAGAGGCACAUUAUUUGUCCCUAAUUGGUUGUUAUAAUUAAGCGUUGGCAAUAUGGAAAAUAAACAAAAAAUUAUUAAUUUUAUAUAA